AUGCAAUCAGAAAGUCCUAAACUUUAUUUGUUAUAUGAACGGAUUUUUACAACAUACAAAACUAUCUUGGAAUGUUUUGCUAAACCAGAAUUAUUGCAGCUGACUGAAGAUGAAAAAAACAGUAGAAAGGAUCUUAACUUGGAUUUAGAGAACAAAAUUUUGAAUUUAGAAUAUGAAAAUAAACAACACCAUGUAUCAAUUGAAGAAAUAUACCUUGGUGGCAAUGUUAUUUCCCUCUUAUUGAAACAAUACUUAGGAAUGAACUGGAAAUAG